AUGCAGGACUACGACUCAAUCAUCAUCGGCGGCGGACCAGCCGGUUUGACAGCCCUCAAGACGCUCACCGAGAACGGCUUCGAGUGCAUCCUCUUCGAAGCCGAGUCCGACGUCGGCGGCACCUUCAAGUACCGAUCCUACGAGAACGCCGAGCUCGUCUCGUCGAAACAGCUCACCGCCUUUUCCGACUUCCGCUUCCCGCCUGACCAGUCCGACCAUGUCUCGCUGCCGCAGUACGUCGAGUACUUGAAGCGGUACUGCGACGAGUUUGAGCUGUGGAAGGGGAUCAGGCUGGAGUCGAGGGUUCAGAGCGUGCGACGAGGGAAGGGAGGAGAGGGACAUGUUGUCGAGGUCCAGCACGCCGGCGAGGACGGCACGAAGCAGUACCGCUGCAAAUACCUAACCAUUUGCACGGGUUUGCACGUCACGCCUCAAGUCCCGCACAUCCCCGGCAUCGAAAACGUCACGUCGAACCCGAACAAGCAGGCGAUCCAUUCGUCCGAGUACAAGAAGCGUGAACAGCUCGUCGGGAAGAAGGUGCUCAUCCUUGGGACGGGCGAGACGGGCAUGGACCUCGCGUACGAGUCGAUCAAGGCGGGUGCGAAGGAGGUCGUCCUGUGUUCGCGAGGAGGCUUCCUUUCCUUCCCCAAGGUGCUCAACAACUUUUCGAUCUUCGGCAGCGAGUUCAAUGGCCACCUCCCGAUCGACGGGCUAAUCACCAACCUCUUCGAGAGCGCCUACGUCCAUCCGUGGGUCGCCGCCUCGCACCUCCGCUGGUUCGUCAGCGACUUUGUGAUCAAGCGCGUCCUGUGGGCUUUGACGGGCACCUCGGCGGGCUGCAACCAAUGGGUUGGCGAGCUCCCUCCCGAACGUCUCGGGCGCGCCUACGUCUUCCUCAACAAGUCGCACAAGGCUUCGACGUACCUCAACCGCCCGUACCGCAAGCGGUCAAAGUGGCUCUCGGCGUUGUCGGAGUACCAUGACCCGCCGGAAGACGUCGCGACGCCUGGAGUGGUCGAGAUGGCGCCUUGGCCGGUUGGGUUCGACAAGGAUGGCGUAGUGCAGUGGGAUUGGGACAAAUGCGCGAUGAGGGGCGGGAGCUGGAAGAAGGUGAAGGAGCGGUUGCAGGACAGGCGGAUCGAGCCCGACCUCGUCCUCUUCGCUUCCGGCUACAAGCACGAGUUCUCCAAGUGGCUCUCGCCGGAAUACCCUCGCGCCUGGGACGCCGACGUCCGCGACAUCGUCUGCUCCUCGACGCCCGACGUCGCCUUCAUCGGCUUUGUGCGUCCGGGUGUCGGCGCGAUCCCGCCCAUUGCGGAGAUGCAGAGCAUGUGGUGGACGGCGUACCUCAAGGGGUGGAUGAAGUUGCCGACGGACCCGCCGCAUUACUACCUCCUCGCCUCGGAGAUCGCGCGCAUCAAGCACGGCGUCGACCACUCGACGUACCAAUCGACUCUCGCGCGCGACAUGUCCGCCUCGCCCUCUCUCUGGUCCCUCCUCACGACCCACGGGCCCUUCGUCACCCUUAUCUACUGCUUCUCCGCUGCCUUCACCUCGCACUACCGUCUCGUCGGGCCCUUCAAGUCCGACUCUGCGCCGAAAGUCGUCAAGACCGAGAUCUGGGACACGGUCAAGAGGCGAGGGUGGAUCGGCAACAUCUUCAUGGGCGUGAUUCCGAUGGCUUUCUAUGCGCUUGUCAACCUCGCCGCCCUCAUCCUCGAAUUCCUCUGGAUCGCCGCUGGCCGCCCGGACGUCCUGGGUUCCUACGCGCGACUGACCGGCAAGCCCAAGUCGAAGGCAUUGGGCGGGAUCGACCGGCAUUCGCAGAUGGAUGUGCGGGAGAGAAAGCAGAAGAGGAUGGCGGAGGAGGAGGCGGAGGUCGUCCCCAACUGA